UUGAUUGAAUAAACUUAUAACAAUGACUUGCUUGCAGUACAAGUAUGACCCACCAAACAUACAAACAAGCAUCAAUUGUUAGAUAGAAAAAUAAUGGAUAGCUAACUGUACAGCAGAUCUAUGUUUCAAAAACAAGCAAACUAUGUAAGUCUUAAAACACAUAUUUGCAACUUGCAGUAACCAAUAAUCAAAUAGUCAUGGCCACCAACAAAUGCAUAAUUUGCAUAAUCACUACCAUAUUCUUAUUACCUUGUGCCAAAUCCAUCCAUUUAGAUUUUCCAGCAGUUUUCAACUUUGGUGAUUCAAAUUCUGAUACCGGCACCCUUGUUACCGCUGGUUUUGAAAGCCUUUACCCACCAAAUGGACACACUUACUUUCAUCUACCAUCAGGGAGAUACUCUGAUGGCCGGCUCAUCAUUGAUUUUCUUAUGGAUGCAUUGGAUUUACCAUUCUUAAAUGCAUAUUUGGAUUCAUUGGGUUUGCCAAAUUUUAGGAAAGGUUGUAACUUCGCAGCAGCUGGUUCAACUAUCCUUCCAGCCACUGCAUCAUCCAUCUGCCCUUUCUCCUUUGGGAUUCAGGUGUCUCAGUUCCUCAAGUUCAAAGCUCGCGCUCUUGAAUUGCUUUCAGGAAAAGGUAGAAAAUUCGAUAAGUAUGUCCCGAGCGAAGAUAUUUUUGAGAAAGGAUUAUACAUGUUUGACAUUGGCCAGAAUGAUCUUGCUGGUGCAUUUUAUUCAAAAACAUUGGACCAAGUACUAGCCUCCAUUCCAACAAUUCUUUUAGAAUUUGAAUCUGGAAUUAAGAGACUAUAUGAUGAGGGGGCUAGAUAUUUCUGGAUACACAAUACAGGUCCUCUUGGAUGCUUAGCUCAGAAUGUUGCCAAAUUUGGAACUGAUCCAUCAAAGCUUGAUGAACUAGGAUGUGUUAGUGGGCAUAACCAAGCUGUUAAAACCUUUAACCUACAACUUCAUGCUCUGUGUAGUAAAUUGCAGGGUCAAUAUCCAGAUUCAAAUGUCACAUAUGUUGAUAUCUUCACCAUAAAAUCAAACCUCAUUGCAAACUAUUCAAGAUACGGGUUUGAACAACCUAUUAUGGCAUGUUGUGGAUAUGGAGGUCCACCAUUGAACUAUGACAGUAGAGUCACUUGUGGGAACACAAAGACCUUCAAUGGAACCACAAUUACAGCAAAAGGUUGUAAUGAUAGUUCUGAGUAUAUCAACUGGGACGGAAUUCAUUACACUGAGACUGCAAAUCAAUAUGUUGCAUCACAGAUUCUCACUGGAAAAUACUCUGACCCUCCUUUCUCAGACAGAAUGCCAUUCCUUCUCAAGCUCAAGUUCUAAAUAAUUUGUUUAGUGUUUUAAACGAAAUUGAUUUUAUUCUUUAUGUGAUUGUAUAGUGAAAAGCAAUAUCAGAUUGUAUCUUUGAAUGACAGUCAAGUACUUCUUACGAAAUCACUAAUGUCAAAUCGACAUGGUAACAUUGUCCGUGUGUGAUAAUGUUAAAGAAUUUGUACAUUAAUACAUCCAGUCUUCAUGGUUCACAUGUCUAUGAAGUUACACUAUCUUUUAUUGUCA